UAAUACAUACUAUUAAAAUACAAAGAAGGCAGGGACAGACAGACUGUUGGCGAGGCAGCUAUCGCUGGCGCAACCCGGACUACAAAUUUUAUGAAUAAUGUUCAAUAAAAUUACUUUUGUCUGUUAACAAAACUUGCUAUAAUGAUGCAAAUCACAUCACAACUGACAGAGAUCUUUCGAUUCUUUUCAUGAAGAGUGACUGAGUUUUAAAAAGUAUGAAUUGCAUUCAAGAGAAAAUUGCUAAAAUAAAACUUCAUUAAGAUUAUACAUCAUUAAUCUUGUUUUGUUCUGUAUUGGCAGGAUAAGUUGAUAGGAACCGGAAGAGCAAAGCUGAAUAAAAUUCAAGAAGUGAAUAUCAUUAUUUUGUGAAUGUGUUCUCCCAAUUGGCAUAAAGAUUUUUGUAAAUAAAUUGACUGAAUGAUGAAAGGAGGUAAAAUGGAAGAAUCAAUGUACAAUCACAGUGUAAAUAUUUCUGUGGUUAUCAAUGAUGGUACCAAGCCUCAGUUUGCAGAUUUUGAUUCUUGCCAAUCUUCUUCACCAGUAAUGUUCCUGUUAAUUCUUGCAUAUGUUACAGUAACUAUAGUAGGACUCUUUGGUAAUCUCUGCCUUAUCUUCAUCAUAACCAAACAGAAAGAAAAUCAUAACGUCACCAAUAUCCUGAUUGCAAAUCUUUCUGUAUCUGAUAUUCUUAUCUGUGUCAUGUGCAUUCCUUUCACUAUUGUCUAUACAUUGAUGGAUUAUUGGAUUUUUGGAGAUGUUAUGUGCAAAGCUAAUUCAUUUGUCCAGUGUGUAUCCGUUACAGUGUCUAUAUUUUCUUUAGUUUUGAUUGCUAUUGAAAGGCACCAGUUAAUUGUAAACCCACGUGGCUGGAAGCCUAGUGUCUCCCAGGCUUGUUGGGGAAUUGUGCUGAUUUGGUUCAUCUCCCUAGUAAUUUCCUUUCCUUUCAUCACAUUUCAUUUGCUUACCGAUGAACCUUUUCGAAAUGUCUCUUCGCACUCAGAAUUUUACAAAGAUAAAUUUGUCUGUAUUGAGAUCUGGCCUUCAGAAUUAGAUAGGCUGGUCUUUACAACAUGUCUCCAUGUACUUCAGUAUUUUGCUCCCUUCUGCUUUAUAUUCGUGUGCUACCUAAAAAUCUUUAUAUGCCUAAAGAAAAGAAACGGCAUGGCGGAUAAAAUGCGAGAAAAUGAAAACCGGGUGAGUGAAAGUAAAAGGAUAAACUUGAUGCUGGUUUCAAUUGUCGUGGCAUUUACAGUCUGUUGGCUGCCACUAAAUAUCUUUAAUAUUGUCUAUGAUUGGAAUCAUGAAGCUCUGAUGAACUGCCAGUAUAAUCUUGUAUUUACACUAUGUCACUUGGCAGCAAUGAUAUCGAUUUGCAUUAAUCCCAUCUUUUAUGGAUUCCUCAAUAAGAAUUUUCAGAAGGAUUUAAAUAUGCUAAUUCGCUGCAAAUACCAUUCUACUCAAGAAGAGUAUGAAAAUAUCGGUCUCUCAGCCAUACACACAGAUGUAUCCAGAUGCUCGCUGAAAUUAAACAAUUCCUCCCCAAAGGUAUAGGGCAACAUUCAAAUUAAUCAUGUUUUACCAUCACACUCAGAAAGGGCGUUAAAUGACAUUAACAAUUCAUACAGCGAGUUUAUCUAAGAUUCUGAUGACUUUUUAAACCUGAGUUAACAAGAGAAAUGGAAGGUGUUAAUGGAAGAAUAUCUUAAGUAGGACAGUUAAACAAUUAUAAAGCUAAUUAUACUAACUAUUCAAUGUCCUGCCAAUUUACAACUUGAUGGGCACAAAAUGCUGGGGUAACCCAGCGGGACGGGCAGCAUGCCUGGAUAGAAGGAAUAGGUGACGUUUUGGGUCGAGAUAACUUGAUGGUCCGUGUAGGCCUCUCUAUUAUUCACAUUGAAGAGAAAGACAAUAUUUUUAUUAUUACUAUUCCAUUCCAAUAUUCUGAAUUUAUUGUUACAAAUAAUUAAAAGUCAUAAAUUCUUAAAAUUUCAUCCAACUUUGAUGCGCAAACACAUCCAUCAAAGAAAAAAAAGCUUAAUUAUUCACAUUUUCCAAUAGAUCAAAGUCUACUUAAAUGAGGGCCAUGUAUUUAUAGUUUUUAAUUGGUGGGAGAAAAUCAUCCGAGGUAUUUGGAGACAAUGGAAGAGGCCUUUUGAUGUCAGGUGUGGGCUGGGGCUGGUGUGAUCCAGCACAAUACACAAUAGAACAUAAAACAGAACAGCACAAGAACAGGCCCAUCAACCCACAAUGUCUGAGCCAAACAUGAUGCCAAUACAAUUUCUUAUCUACCUGUACAGAAUCCAUAUCCCUCCAUCCCCUGUAUAUCCCUAUGCCUAUCCAAGUCUCUUCAAUGUCAGUAGCAUAUCUGCCUCAACCACCAACCCUGGCAGCACGCUCCAGGCCUUCAUUAAUCUCUGUGUCAAAAAGGUUGUCAUGCAUAUCUCCUUUAAACGUUGCCCCUCUUGUCUUAAACCUAUGCCCUCUAGUAUUUGAUUUUUUUCCAUCCUGAGGAAUAGGUUCAGACUAUCUACCCUGUCUAUGGCUAUAGAAAUAUUUAUUUUUCUUUAUAAAGCUAAUAUAUCUAAAAUCAGUGUAAAACUGUUUUAUUGAUAUAUUCUAAUAGUCACAAUUACAUGUUAUUUUAACUUUUAUCCAAUUAAUUAAGGAAUAGCGUAUGAGCUUGCAAACAUUCCAAAGCACAUACAAUUCUGUUUAUAACGAAAUAAAGUUGGAUUGAAUUACAU